UGCGCACAUUAAAUUCCGUGCGCUCAAUCGGUGCAUAUUAGCCUUUAGCAAUCACCUCCUUCCACGUCAUCUAACGUCACACCUAAUUUCCCGCAACCCUUCUUCUACCACCCUGGGUGGGUUUGAGGGUGGGUGGUUUGAUUGGGUGGGUGGGUAUCAUCUCUUUCCUUUUUUUUCCAUUUUUGGGUUUCUUUCUUCUUCUUCUAUCUAACACUCUCUGCAACAAAAUAAAAAAUAAUAAUUUUAUUUCCAAUUAAACAAAGAAAAAUAAAAUUCGAAAUUGAAAAUUAACUAAUCGUUAUAAUUUAUUUCCAACAGUGUCCCUCAUUUUUUCGCCGUCAUAUCAAUGGCUCCAUCGAGCUCAGCGUCGCCGGCAGCUUUAUCGAGGCCGGUAGCUCAAAGGAAGGUCCGUCCGUCAGCUGACUCUUCGGAGAGCUACCGCCGGCGUAGGCCGCGGAUGUCAAUGUCGCCGCCGCCGAAGAAAUUCAGGUCGAUGGUGGAGAUCAUGAAAGUAGCAAAGCGUGUGGAGUUGCCCAAGGAAGAAGAAGACUCGGAGUCGGAGUUGGAGUCGGAAGAAGAUGACUACGGAGAAGUUUUGUGUGAGCAAUGUGGCUCUGGAGAAAGGCCGGAGGAGCUGUUGCUGUGUGAUAAAUGUAACAAAGGGUUUCAUAUGUGUUGUCUUCGUCCAAUUGUAGUUCGUGUCCCCAUUGGACCUUGGCAUUGUCCUCAUUGCUCUGGUGAUCAACAUCGCAUAAUCAAAAGUUUUUCACAAAAGAAGAUAGUCGAUUUCUUUCGCAUUCAGAAAGAGAGUCAAAUGGUGGUAAAAUGUUCAUCUGCUCAAGAUAUCAGAAAACGUCGUAAGCGUUCACUAGUUUUCCACAAGAGACGCAGAAGGCUAUCACCAUUUAGUCCAACAGAGGAUUCUCACCGGAGGCUAGUUCAAAUGACAUCUCUUGCUUCUGCACUGACAGCUCUCGAUAUGGAAUUCAGUGAUGAGCUAACUUACAUACCUGGCAUGGCUCCUAAAUCUGCUAACAAUGCCAAGUUUGAAAGUGGUGGAAUGCAGGUUCUCUCGAAAGAAAAUACUGAAACCUUGGAGCAGUGUAGAGCUAUGUAUAAAAGAGGGGAAUGCCCUCCUCUCAUGGUAGUUUUUGAUUCUCGUGAAGGCUAUACUGUAGAAGCUGAUGGGCCUAUAAAGGACCUGACGAUAAUAGCAGAAUAUACAGGCGACGUGGAUUAUAUCAGGAAUCGACAGGAGGAUGAUUGUGAUAGCAUGAUGACCCUUCUUUUAGCAAGAGACCCAUCAAGAAGUCUUGUUAUCUGCCCUGAUAAGCGUGGAAACAUUUCUCGGUUUAUCAAUGGCAUAAAUAACCAUUCACCGGAGGGUAAGAAGAAGCAGAACCUGAAAUGCGUGAGAUACAGUGUUAAGGGUGCAUGCCACGUUCUUUUGGUUGCGCUUCGUGAUAUAGCUAAGGGAGAGCGGCUGUACUAUGAUUAUAAUGGAUAUGAGCAUGAAUAUCCAACACAUCAUUUUGUUUAAAUUUUGUCUCAUGUAGCUUUCCUAGUGAGACUAGCGUCAGGACAUCUUUCUUCUACAUAACUAUACAACUAAUUCAUUUUAAAGCCUUUCCCCCCUUUUUCUUGAUUUAUCAAAGUGUCAAGGUGAAUGGUGGUCAUUUAGAUGGAGAUAGAUACACCACAGCAGAAAAAAUUUCGGUCAAAGUCCGAAGAGUUUUGGAGAUUUAAGUUACUAGGUAACUUUGUCAAUUUCAUUUAUACAUUGACAUAUGUAGACUUAAUGUAAUUGCUUUGAGCUCAAAAAAGCAUCAGUUUUACAGUGUUUUAGAGGUGACUAUUAUAGAAUGCUCCUUUCUUUUAUUGUCCAUUCUUGACCAUUUUUGGUUAAUGUAAAAGCAUCUUUGUCUUGUUACCUUUUGAAUGCUGCUGAUUCUACAGGAAAAAGGUAUUAUUUUGACAAGUAAUAAAAUUUUAUUAUUUACAUAAGCAUCAUCAAAUGUUGGUGGAAGCAUUGG